AGAGGUGGGUUGCUCUUGCUUUACUUUGGGAUAAUGCAUUACUUUGUUUUUGAUUACAUACUUAUAGUGAGAUUCCGAAUCACUGAGAGCACUGAAGCAUUAAAGUAUUGAAAACAAAAUUACUAUCAAGUGCGAGCAAAAUGGCGGGAAAAGUCGACCCCAAUGAUCCGAGGAAACUGACAGAUUUUAAAUUAUUAUCUUUUGAUGUGUAUUCGACGUUAAUCGACGAGAAAGGUGCGUUUCUUGCUACUCUCAUUACCUCUUUUUACCAUUACAACAUUAAACCAUAUUCUCAUGAGCACCGAAUCUUCCCCCUCCAAAAACACACCGAACAACUAACCCCGUCUUCUCCAGGUGGGCUCUUCACCGGUCUCCACCCCCUUCUCUCCCGACUUCCCGAACCCCUCAAAUCGAACUAUCUCGAUUCCCGCGCCUCUACCCUUCAAGCCUUCCAAACCCACGAAACCCAACUCCAAAGAACUCACCCCACACUCCCCUACCCCUCUAUCCUACAUCUCGCCUACCUUUCCUACGCGCAAUCUCUCCCUCUCACCCCUCCCCCCUCACUCUCCACUCUCGAAUCCGAAGCCCAGGAGUUCUCACAAAAGAUUCCAAGUUGGCCCGCAUUCCCCGAUACCGUUCCCGCGCUGCAAAAACUGCAUAAGUAUUAUAAACUCGUCAUUCUGUCGAAUAUUAAUGAAGAGUCAAUAGAAGGGACGAUCAGACAUAACAUGGAUGUAGGAUGGGAUGCAGUGUAUACGGCCCAGAAGAUCGGGAGUUAUAAGCCUGAUUUGAGGAAUUUUGAGUUUUUGGUUGAGCAUGUUGGAGAGGAUUUGGGGGUGAAGAAGGAAGAAAUUUUGCAUACGGCGCAGAGUUUGCGAGCCGAUCAUGUGCCUGUGAAGAAAAUGGAUAUGACUGGAGUUUGGAUUGAUAGGGGAAAUGAAGGUCAGGAUUAUGAAAAAUUGAAGGAUGAAGUCGCUUAUACAUGGAAGUUUAGCACUUUAGGAGAGAUGGCUGAUGCAGUGGAAGAGGCGUUCGAAGCCCAGGGAAAGAAGGUAUAGAUACCAACAUACAUCAGUAACAUGCAAAGCAUAAUACUUGGGUCUCUGGAUGCAUUCCAUGAGU